AUGUCGCAGGAUGUAUCCUCCCUCCCGCCGGUUUCUACCGUCACCGUUCACCCGACUUCAACCCUACCUAGCCUGGUACAAACUUCUAUUGGAACUGCGACCAACACACCCGCUAGUGGUGGUGGUGGAGGCACCCAAAAUUCGCCCCUGCUCUUCUUUGUAGCGCUGGGAUUUGGUGUUGUAUUUACGAAUCUUUGGAUCAUUGUCGGUGUCAAGUACUGCUUCAGGUACAAUGCAAGGAACCGCGCUAGGGCCAACGGUGUCGACGAAGUUGACCUUCAAGCACUCGGUGCUCGACCUCAUCGCAGAAGAAGAGAGAAGAAACUCAUGACCGUCGACGAAGUCAACGAGAGGUUUCCAGUCACCAAAUACAAAACAUGGCGUGCAAAUCGCGAAGUUAUGGGACUUCCGACUGCUGGUGGAAUUGCUCCUACAGAUGGCUCUGCUCCCGUUGUCGCCACCCAGACACAGACCGACCUCGACCCUCCCGCCUCGCCUCUACCUAAAAUCCCUGAACCCGUUGCCGACCCGACAAAACCUGUUACACAUGAACGAGAAUCCCAGGACCAGGAUCGCCGAACUGACCAGAUUGAAACUCCAGCUCAGCCGACUAUUACUGUCCCUACUACUACUACUACUACUACCACCACCACCACUGGCACGACCCCUACUACAGCUACACUGACACCAAACCAAAGGUCAUCGGCGGAAAUCCAAAGGGUUGCAUCUAACCAGCACAGCGAUCAUGAAGGUGAACACGACGACGACGAACCGAUGCCAGCUCUCCCCGCCGAUAUGGCCAAUAGUUGUGGCGAUACUUGUGCAAUCUGCAUCGAUAACCUCGAAGAUUCUGACGACGUUCGUGGCUUGACUUGCGGUCAUGCUUUCCAUACUGCUUGUAUCGACCCUUGGUUAACCGCUCGCCGUGCCUGCUGUCCGCUGUGCAAAGCCGACUACUAUGUUCCCAAGCCUCGGACCGAAGCUGAGAUCGAAGCCGAGGAACAGGCUCGUGAGCGAAGACGUCAACAGGCUGCUGAGCUCAACAGAAGUCCGAUUAGUACUUGGUGGUAUAGAGCUGAAGCCUAUUUGAUGCCCUCGAACCCGAACAAUGCCAACCGUAAUGGCCGACGGGGCCGACCAGAACCCCAGAGAACCCGACGUACACCCCGACAAACUCGUUGGAAUCCAUUCGGUCGCAAUACCGACCCUAACUCCAACGCCGCUGGCAAUACGCCCGCUCCGAAUGCGGGUAAUAUUGAGACCCAACAAGCAUCCUCUAACGGCCCGCCUGCUUUCCUCGAUCGGUUUAGCAGGCGUGGUCGCUCGAACAGUGGUGCCAACCCAUCUGCUCCUGAGGAGCCAACACCGAGUACCCUUGAAGCUGGUCUUGCCAACGCCAAUGCAUCGAGUACUCGUUGA